CUUUCUUCCUUUCAUGCUUCUUCACCAAAACUGAAAGACCUCUUCAAAAUUCAUACUUCUAACAAAACCCCACAACUUGCUCUCUCUCACCUUUCAUGCCAUAUCCAUUCAUUGUUUCCUUCAACCACCAUGCCCUUCCUUCCCUGUCUCCUCCUCUUCUUCUCGCUCUUCCUCAACAUUUCUCUCUCUCAAACACCUCCUAAAGGUUUUUUUCUUGAUUGUGGAGCAGCCUCUAGUUCUACAAUUGAUGGUCUUACAUGGAUUCCCGAUUCGGAGUUUAUUUCUACUGGUACAGCCAAGAAUUUGACCACCCCUGGUUUGGCUCAAACUCUGUCCACCGUUCGAUCCUUCCCGCUUCAAGACAAGAAGAACUGCUACAAUUUUCUGGUGUAUAGCGGGGCAAGGUACAUGGUGAGGACUACGUACUUCUAUGGAGGAGUGAACGGACCCGAUCAUCCUUCCCCGCCGGUGUUUGAUCAGAUGGUGGAUGGGACUUUCUGGAGUGUGGUAAACACCACAGCGGAUUACGCAAAUGGGAACUAUACCAACUACGAAGGGGUUUUCUUAGCUCAGGGAAAGACUAUGACUAUCUGUAUCGGGUCAAAUACUUACACGGAUUCCGACCCGUUUAUAUCGGCUCUACAGCUGGUGAUCCUGGGUGGUUCCCUGUACAAUGCUACGGACUUUGACAAGUAUGGGCUCAGUUUGGUUGCGAGGCACAACUUUGGAUACUCUGGACCCCCCAUUCGGUAUCCUGAUGAUCAGUUUGACCGUUUCUGGGCACCUUUUACACCAAGUAAUUCCAGCCAUUCAGGCAGCAGCAAUGCUUCUGUUUCAGGAAUUUGGAAUCUUCCACCUUCAAAAAUAUUUGAUACGUGGCUGGGUUCUGAUCAGCUGGAAUCCUUGCACUUGGCAUGGCCUGAGGCAUUACUUCCAAACUCCAACUACUCCAUUGCUCUAUACUUUGCAGAUUACAGUGGAUCAUCAUCAGGGAGACCAAGGAUUUUAAACAUUAGCGUGAACGGUAUAAGAUAUUACAAUGGUUUGAAUGUGACUGAAGCUGGUGUUGUUGUCUUUGCCAACCUUUGGCCUCUUUCUGGUCCUACAACAAUCACUUUGGACCCUGCUUCCACUUCACCCUUGGGUCCCUUGAUUAGUGCCGGUGAAAUUUUUCAGAUGUUGCCACUCGGAGGAAGAACUUUAACGCGAGAUGUUAUUGCAUUGGAAAAGAUAAAAGAGAGCCUCCAAAAUCCUCCACGCGAUUGGAAUGGCGAUCCUUGUAUGCCUCGCCAGUACUCUUGGACUGGCGUCACGUGCUCGGAAGGAACAAAUAUUCGGAUAGUGAACUUAAACUUGACAAGUAUGAACCUUUCUGGAUCUUUAUCACCUUAUGUUGCCAAUCUGACAGCAUUGACAAACAUCUGGCUUGGUAAUAACAAUUUGUCUGGACAAAUUCCUGACCUCAGUUCACUAAGGAUGUUGGAAACACUGCACUUGGAAGACAAUCAAUUCACUGGAGAGAUUCCCUCAUCCCUGGGGAACAUCAGCAGAUUGAAUGAACUAUUCUUACAAAACAACAACCUGACUGGUCAAAUUCCGCCAAAUCUCAACGGAAAACCAGGCCUAGAUCUUCGGACUUCUGGAAAUAAUUUCUCAUCACCUCCACCAUCCUGAUCAAUUCUCUCCACACAUUCUGUGACCAACAUGCACUUGUAUUUACCAAGAAGUUUUGAUUCUAGUACACUUUCAUGCAUAGGAUACUUUACUCCCCAAAGAUGCUCUGUUUUUCUGCUCAUCCUAACUUUUUCUGGAGGUUCCUCAUCAUCAACGUUCUCUUCUUGGGGAAGACAAAGGUUUCUUCUUUUGACAUGGAGAUAUAAAGGUCCCUGUCUGUAUACUCAAGUUUGAUUAUAAAGUCCCUUGUAACUAUAUCUUAUCCAUGUGCAGGCAUUAUUCAUUAUUUUAUUGAAAUUCUUUGGGUUGUUUUUGGGCUGUUUGCUCCUCAAACAUAUGUAUUAUUGUAUUGUGUGAUAAUUGCAUCUUCAGUUUUGUCUUUUAUAUGGCUGGACUGCAUAAUCAACGGCAUUGUGUACUCCUUUUUUCACUGUUCAAAGUGAUAGCUUCUGUUUA